AUGGCAUACCAUGGCCAGGGCCAAAAUGUACUGAAGGUGAUGGUGCAGCCCAUCAGCCUCAUCCUCAGAUACUUGCAAUAUAGGUCCUGGAUUCAGGUGUGGCUCUGUGAGCAAGUGAAUAUGCAGAUAGAGGGAAGUAUCAUUGGUUUAAAUGAGUAUGUGAACCUCAUAUUAGAUGAUGCAGAAGAAAUUCAUUGUAAAACAAAGUCAAGAAAACAACUGGGUUGGAUCAUGCUAAAAGAAGAUAAUGUUACUCUGCUAUAA